AUGGACGGACAUCUAGUAUGGUGCAUUAAACGAAGCGUUUGGUCCAUUGGCUCUGAUGUGGUUUUGGAAGACCACCCGGAAGAGGGUCCAAAAGCAAAAGUUGAAGUCAAAGCACUAAAUCACCAGACAAACUACACCGACAUUACCGUUUUGAAGGUUCUGCGUGACUGGGUUGAUCGCGAUGGGUGA